AAAUUUAAUUCAUCUGGGAGUAUUAGGUGACAAUAUUAUUUGUUUUAAUUUAAUAUUGUUCAAAAUGGACUCAUCAGAUGUAUCCAAGUGGAAAGAGACUUUUUUCCAGAGUACAUUUAGUGUAGACCAAUGUCUAAUGCAAUACACACAAACAUCAGACUUAGAAACUAUCAGAACAGAUCUAAAAAAUUAUGGAUCGAAGCUACAGCUACAUAUGUCAGAAAUUUUAAAAAAUGAAACUGAAGCGAUUGCAAAUUUAGCAGAAUAUUUAACAAAUCUAAAUUCAAAAAUAGAUGAUUUGUCAGUACCUAUUAGCCAGUUAAAAGAGGAAAUAAGGACAUUGUACGAACUUAUUAAAACUGCUACACAUGGGUAUGAAGAAAUUUUGGGAAACAUUAAGAAUAAUAAUUCCAGGCAAAAUCACAUUUACCUAAAACUAGGCAUAAUAAAUUCUUCCAUUUACAUAAAUAGUGUCAUUGGUACUAUUGAAGCAAAUCCAAUUGAGAACCUACUUACCCUUGAAAGAAUCGUUACCAAAUAUUCAUUUCAAAAAAUAUACUUGGAUGAAUUACAAUUGAGGACUCCAGAUAUUGAAAAAAAUUUAAAAAAUGUGGAAGGGAAACUAGUGUCAAUUAUCAAUAACUGUUUCAUAAAAUCUUGCAAAGAACAAGAUCAAGAUAUAAUCCUUCGAUGCUUAAGAAUGUAUAUUGAUUUACAAAAGCAAGAAGAGGCACAUCAAACAUUUCGAAAACAUAUUAUAAGGCCUGCAUUUCAGGUGUUAUUUACUGAAAAAUAUUUAGAAGAAUGUGGCUAUGAUUUGAAUAAGAUUUACAUGGAAGUCAAGAAAAUAUUGGAAAAAAAAGUAGAACUAUUGGAUAGUGUAGUCAAAGUUAAUAUAGAUUUAAAUUCUUUUAACUUUGUUAUUAAUUCUUUCUGGAAAGAGUUUGACAAGCAAUCUAGAGAAGGACUUCCUCAUAUAACGGCCCCUGGUAACCCAGAGCUGUUCCAAAAACGAUUCACCCAUACCUAUAGUUUAUUAAAGUACAUAGCUGAGAAGGCGAAUAAUGAGAAGUUAAUUAAAGAUGAUAGCUUCCAAAGCCAUUUGAAAAGAUUUAAUCUUCCAGUAUAUUUUGAAAUAAAAUUUCAGCAGAUUGCUGGAAAUUUUGAGGGCGACACAAUUAAUAUUACUUUCAAUCAAAUAGCAGCAAAUAAAAAUGAUUUAGGCUUUAAAUUGAAACCAUCUGAAAUACUUUGGAAUUCUUUAACAACUUGCUUUAAUGAAGAUGUGUAUAUUGAUCAUUUGGCUAAUCAUUUUGUAAGACUUUCUAUGAUGUUGUUAUGCAGGUAUAUUAAGCUACUUGAAAAACUUCUUGAAGAUAUUGUUGCUUCUGAUACAAGCAAAGAAGACGUCAGUAAUUUUAUUGUAGAUAUUUUGAUUGAUUUAAGCAUAUUAGAAUCUUUAAUAGCUCCAUCAGGCUUCAGUACCGUCAAUGUUGGUAAUACAAUUUUUGCCAUUGUAAAUUCAAACAUGUGGAAUGUAAUAUUGAAAAUGUUUGAAUUAAAUGCAAAAUUAAUAUUGAAUAUUAGAAACAAAUUUAAAAAUCACAUAAUAACUUCAAUCAUAACGGAAUGUAUAUCCCAGUUGCAAAAUGUAACAGCCAUUCCUAGAUUAUACAGAAGAACCAACCGAAGUCCACCAAAAGAAGCAAGUUCUUAUAUGGUUGAAGCAGUGAAACCAGUGUUGGGCUUUAAAAGCCAAUUUAAGGGUUACCUGGAUAAUCAAUUUAAUGAUAUUGUCAACAGUAUAAUUCUGUCAAUAACUAAUCAGUAUUUAACCUUGGCCCAAGAAGUGCUUAUGUCUGUAUGCAAAACUGAAGAAUCAUUAAGACGUUUAAAAAGUAGAACAAUAAAUACUAGCUCAGAUGAUUCAUCACAUGGAACUCCAGACACCAUGUCAGAUGAAACCAAAAUUAGGGAGCAAAUAAAAUUCGAUGUUGGUUAUUUCUGUGAUAAGCUGAAUUCAAUAGCAAUGGCACCAGCGAAAGAAGCUAUGCAAUUGUUGAAAACGGAAGUUUACAAAUAAUUAAUUCAUUGGUGCAUAUGAAAUUAAUAAACAUGAUGUGAUUAUUAUAAUAAAAUUACUGUAAAAUACCUAAACGUUUGUAAUAUGUAGAUACUCCUCUCUCAUCUGUG